UCGAAUUAAUAUCCCAUAAACCCUACUCUCUCUCUACAUCUUCUCUCUCUACAAAAAAAACAUGGAAAGUUGCCGGAAGACUGCUGUUGUUGCCACCCCUAUAACCAUUUCCACACCCACAGAAGAAUCUGAUUUCUCUCACUCACAUUCUUCAUCAGUGUCUCAGCUCAGCCCCACCAGUGUUCUAGUUCCUCCUCCGCGACACCCGGUGGUGCUCAGCCCCUGUGCCGCCUGCAAGAUCCUCCGGCGACGGUGUAUCGAGAACUGCAUGUUGGCACCAUACUUUCCACCAACUGACCCCCACAAGUUCACCAUUGCACAUAGAGUGUUUGGAGCUAGCAACAUUAUAAAAUUGUUACAGGAACUUCCGGAGUCUCGUAGAGCAGAUGCUGUUAGCAGUAUGGUGUAUGAAGCGAAUGCAAGACUAAGGGAUCCUGUUUAUGGUUGUGCGGGUACAAUUUGCCAGCUUCAAAAACAAGUUAAUGAGCUUCAAGCAGAGUUAGCCAAGGCACAAGCCGAGAUGGUCAACUUGCAAUGCCGACAUUCCAAUAUUUUAACUCUAAUCCGUAUGCAAAUGGAAAAACUACCGUCGCUACCACUAUCACCACCGCUACAACCACAAAACACUUACGAGAAUUUAACUUUCUUCGAUGAUAAUGCCAACUUCGCGAGUCUUGAUCGUCUUUGGACUUGAACUUGUGAGUUGAUUGACCGAUCUCAUUUCAAACCCAUAAUGAUCAAGAGGCACCAGAGAUUUGAUCAUUUAGAACAAGAUUGAAAUGUAGUUUAAUGAGAUUCUAGCUACUAAGGUUAUUUAGGCUUUCGUGUAAAUCCCAUAAAUGGGAAUAAAGAACUUCAUACU